UUUUAGCGACGACAGGUGUCGCUGUGACGUCUUGUGUUUGUGACUUUGACCGGAAACAGUCAAAGAAGCAGUAUCGCUGCAGGGAAAAUCAAAAUGUCUGCUCCAAAAACCAUCCCGAAAGACGCGCAGGUGAUGAUCCAGAUCCUGAAGGACAUGGGCAUCACAGAGUAUGAGCCCCGAGUCGUCAACCAGAUGCUGGAGUUCACCUACAGAUACGUCACCACCAUCAUCGAGGACGCUAAGAUCUACUCCUCGCACGCCAAGAAGCCCAGCGUUGAUGCCGAUGACAUAAAACUGGCCAUUCAGUGUCGGAUGGACCAGUCCUUCACAUCCCCCCCACCCAGAGACUUCCUGUUGGAGGUGGCCCGACAGAAGAACCAGACUCCCCUCCCGCUCAUCAAACCCUACACCGGACCCCGACUUCCUCCAGACCGCUACUGCCUGACUGCCCCGAACUACAGACUGAAGACGGUCCAGAAGAAGGUGUCAUCAUCUGCCAGCAGGAUAUCAGUUCCUCGCCUGAGUGUGGGUGCUGUGACCAGCAGACCGACCACGCCCACGCUGGGGACGCCGUCGGUCCAGUCUGUCACCACCAAGGUUGGCACGCCAGUCUCUCUAACGGGUCAAAGGUUCACCGUUCAGAUCCCGCCCCCUUCUCAGACCAGUACCACCAAAACCGCCACGCCGUCCACCCCGUCCGUCUCUAACGUCCUCAUAAACCCGUCUCUGAUUGGAUCCAAAAACAUCCUCAUCACCACCAACAUGGUGUCACAGAACAGUGGGGGCGCCAGCGAGUCACUGAAGAGGAAACAUGACGACGAUGACGAUUACGACGCUUUAUGACGAAAAUGAUUUUUUACUUAACUUACUGUUAGAACUAGAUUAAGAGACUAAAAAAGUGUCCCCACCAGUGAGAACCAGUGAGAACCAGUGAGAACCAGCGUGAACCAGUGUGAACCAGUGUGAACCAGUGAGAGCCAGUGGGAAGCAGUGAGAACGAGUGUGAAC